CAUAGCGACCGCGUCUGGGCAGGAGGCGGGGCCCUCCAGAUUUGUGCACCAACAACUAGGGCGCGACUGGAAACGCGCUCCCGCUGUACUCCGACUUCCGGCGGAAAAGAAAGUGGGUUCCGCGCUGCGUCAGGCCGCCGCAGCAAGUGGACCUGCUCCGGAGAGAAGCGUGGUCAUCAGAGAAGGCCCCUUCUAAGUCAAAGGACGCUGAUGGCUUUUGAGCAGACACUCAAAAAGGAUUGGUACAGCAUUCUGGGGGCAGACCCAUCUGCAAAUGUGUCAGACCUAAAACAAAAGUAUCAGAAACUCAUAUUACUGUAUCAUCCAGAUAAACAAAGUACAGAUGUGCCAGCAGGAACCAUGGAGGAGUGUAUGCAGAAGUUUAUUGAAAUUGAUCAGGCAUGGAAAAUUCUAGGGAAUGAAGAAACCAAGAAAAAGUAUGACCUGCAGCGGCAUGAAGAUGAGCUAAGAAAUGUGGGGCCAGUAGAUGCACAGGUGCGCCUUGAAGAAAUGUCUUGGAACAAAGAUGAUGAGUCUUUCUCUCUGAGCUGUCGAUGUGGUGGGAAAUACACUGUCUACAAGGAUGAAGCACAAGAAGCAAACCUCAUUUCUUGUGACACGUGCUCGCUGAUUGUGGAACUCCUUCAUCAGAGCUGAACUGUGUGUUCAUUCCUAGGACCCUUUACUACAUCAGAGCUGAACUGUGUUCAUUCCUAGGACCCUUUACUGCAUCAGAGUGAACUGUGUGUUCAUUCCUAGGACCCUUUACUACAAGGACACAGAUGCCUUUUUUUUAUUAGCUUUAUAAUUUGUGAAGAUAAGAUUAAAUCUUCAAGCCAAGACCACUUCAAAUUAACAAAUUAAUUCAGUUGUUUAUGUGUAUCUAAAUUCUAAAUUAUAGGAUAUUACACAAAAGACUUGAAUAAUAUUUUUGCACUUUUAGCUAAUAACUUUUGUUUUCUCUUUGGUACAAACUAAUUACUUCCUUUUUGAAGUAUAAAUAUAUUUUUCUAAAAUCA